UGUAUAAUAUCUAUGGAAUCUAACUUAUCGGCAUGUCACGAUUACCAUGAGGAUGAAGAAAACUUGCUUGCGAGUGUUAUGGCAUUAAGGAACCAACUAAGGAAAACAGAGAGAAAUUUAGAAAACUUGGGAGAAGAGCUUUUCAGCUCUGAUUCAUAUGAUUAUUCAGACCAAAGCAUACAUGGAGGAGAACUUGAGGUUUUAACAAUGGAAGACCUUGUUUAUACUACUGAAUUACAAAAUUCUUCAGCUCAUAAUACUGCUAGCAGAACACCUCUACAUAAAAGAGAUUCUCGAAGGAAAUACAGGAACAAAUCUUAUUCAGUAUCUUUUGAUAAAAGCAUGGAAGAAGAAAAUGAACAACUAAGGGACAAAUUGAAUGUCGUCCGGGAACAAAAUACAUUAUUGACUUCCCAGAACUACCAGCUAAUGAAUGAAAUAGAGAGCAUAAACUUUGAAAUGAACCAGUCAAAAGCAAGAAUAUCUUUUCUUGAAUCUGCUUUGGGUACACACUCUGUUAGCAUUCCGAUGCUAGAAGACCAAAUAGAAAGCUUGGAAGCAGAAGUUCAAGCUCAAGAUAACGUUUUAAAAGAGACUGAAGACAAAUUAGCACAGAGCCAUAGCAUGGUAAUGGAAAAAGAAUUUACUUUGCAGAAGUUCAAGGAGGAAUAUAAAAAAAUGAAACAUGAUUUAAUUGAACGAAGCAAACAUGGGAAGAGAGCUGAACAGCAAAGAAACGAAGCUCUACAUAAUGCUGAGGAGCUAACAAGAACUUUUAAAAAAUACAAAGAGAAAAUAACUGAAAAACUAGAAAAGGUCCAGGAUGAAGAACAAAUUUUAGAAAGGAAGUUAAUGAACUGUGUAAAAGAAAAGGAAACAUUAAAGACACAGUGUGAUACCUAUAGAAACGAGCUUGAAAAUGCGAAAGAACAAGUGAGAAAAUUAGUUGAAGAGAAUUGUGUGGGAAAAGAGAGCCUAAAGUGCAUUGAAGCCAAAACCUCUGAGCUUCAAUCGCUUCUAACACAUUCCCAGGGAAAGAUCCUCAUGCUGGAAAGUAGACUUCAAGAGCAAAAUGCAGUAGUUGAAGCCAAACAUACACUAAUGAAAGAAAAUGCUGACUUAAAAGUUUUCAUUGCACAGCAAAAUGAUCAUCUGAAGUCAUGUCAUCAAGAAAUUGAGAAUUUAAAAACUGAAAAGAAUGUUUUAGAAAAUGUUGCUCUCCAGUCCUCCCAAAACUCCCCUAAAGAGUUUGAAUCAGAUUGUGACGAUCAUCAUUCUCAAGAAGCAUCAUGUACGGCUUUCUGUGAUACAAGUAGCUCCUUGAUAGAAGAGCUAAGACUAAAACUUCAAAUGAAAGAUGCAGAGAUUCAGAAACUCGUGGCCAAUAAGCUAGCUCAAGACUUCUUUGAUGGUAGUGAGGGACAAAAAUGCAGUGAAUUGCAUGGCUCAGAAGUUGAACCAGUAAAACUGACGGGAGAUCCAACAGUGAGAAAAUGCCAGCAAUCGGAACUGAUCAGUAAUAACUUUGAAAAGGAGAAGCAAAAAUUAAUUAGACGUCUAAAUGAGUUGCAUUCCAAGCUGGAAAAAUCUGAAAAAGAGAAUUCUUCUAUAAAGGCUGACAUGGCCCAGCGAACCAGUCAGUUUAAAGCAAUACAGGAAGAACUGUUGGAGAAAGCUGCAAAAUCUGCUAAUAUGGAACGAGUAGUAGCAAGGAAAUCCUCUAAGAUUUCAGCCCUUGAAAAACAGUUGGAAGAAAAGACAGUUGUAUACACAACUGCUGCUGCAAGAAAUACUGAGCUGGAACAAGACCUAGUGGAAGUACGUUCUCAGCUUCACAACUUGGAAAGAAACAUUGCUGAGGAACAUGAGCAGUUCAUUAGGACACUAGAAAAAACAAAGCUGGUUCAUCUUGAGCAACACAAAGAAAUGGAAAAUCAGAAUGAAUUACUUCAGAGUCAACUGGAAACCAAAAACCAGCAAUUCCUAGAGCAAGAGAAGACACUGUCCAUUUUACACCAAGAGAUUAUAUGUAAACAAUGUCAGCUUGAAUCACUGGACCGACAACUGCUAGAUAGCAAGGAGGCAAUGGAAAAGCAGAACGCCAAGAACAAUGAAGUUUUAAAGAUGUUACAGGGCCAGCUGACUGAGGAAACAGUAAAGGUCAGACAGUUACAGACAGCACUAGAUAUCUGUAAGGAAGAUCUAGCUUUAUAUUUGAGUAGGCUGGAAGAAAAUAAAGAGUCAUUUGAGAAGCAGUUGAAGAAGAAAUCUGAAGAGGUACAACGAUUGCAAAAAGAACUAAAGAUUAAAAAUGACAACUUUCAAGCGACUUGUGAACAAAAUCUCCUUCUACAGCAGACGCUGCAGCAGCAGCAGCAAAUGUUACAUCAGGAAACUAUUAGAAACGGAGAUUUAGAAGACAGCCAAGCUAGGCUCCAAAAACAGUUAUUAAAACUAGAGCAAGAGCUCCAGAAGCAAAAGGAAAAUUUAGAAGAGGAGUUAAGAAAAACAAAUGAGAAGCUCCAUUUAGCCUCUGAGGAAAACGAUUUGAAAAGACAAAAGGUGGCAGAACUUACCAGCACAAUCAGACAAAUCAAAAUGGAGAUGGAUCAGUGCAAAGAUGAGCUAAUAGACAUGGAGCAAGAAUUAGUGCACUUAAGAAGAGAUAGUCAUGCUAAAGCUAUGCAACUGGGCCAUUUGGAAAUGGUACUGGAACAGAGACAAUCAGAGCUGCGUAAAAAGACACAACAAGUGAAAAUAUUAGAAGAAAAAUUACUUCAGAGUGAGAUGCAGCAAAAGGAGGCUGUACAGAAAAGAGAUGCACUAGAGACUGACUUGGAAAAUGCCAACGAGGAACAAAAAACUACUUUGAGACAGCUAGAGGAACUUCAGGAAAUGCUGAAAAAAGCACAAAUGUCUCUGGAGGAAAAGUAUGCUGCUAUCCAGGAUUUGUCAGAGGAAUUAAGGGAAUGCAAGGAUGACAUUGAGGAUAAAAAACAAGAGCUUAUUGACAUGGACCAGGCACUGAAAGAAAGGAACUGGGAGUUGAAACAAAGAGCAGCUCAGGUUACACAGUUGGAUAUGACAAUUCGUGAACACAGGGGAGAGAUGGAACAAAAAAUCAUUAGAUUAGAAGGCAAUUUGGAGAAAGCUGAGUUGCAAAUCAGGGACUGUAAUAAACAGGUUGAGAGUUUGGAGAGUAAACUACAUAAGUCAAAUGAAGAACUUCAUCAGAAAGAUUUUGACAUACUCCAACAAGGUCAGGAAAUAAUUCAGCUUAAAAAAGAAAUUGAAAGAAAACAGCAAAGAAUAACAGAUAUUGAGAAAAUAGUGAAAGAACGGGAAAAGUGUAUUGCAGAUCAGCACAAAGAAGUACUGGAUUUAGGUCAGCAGUUGAGGCUGCAGCGUGAACAGAUGAAGUGCAUCCAUGUGGAGCUACUGGAGAGUCGCCGUCAGCUGGCACAAGCUCAGAGAGAAGCAGAUAGACUCUCUCAUGAACUAGAAGAAAUGAAUCAUCUCUCUCAUGAAAAAGAAGCUCGUGCAAAUUAUUUGGCAGAAGAGCUGGGGGCAGCUCAGGCCCGGGAAGCUCAGUUAGAAGCAAGAAUGCAGUCAGAGGCUAAGAGGCUCUCAGCAGAAAUACGUUCACUAAAGGAGUCGUAUAAAUCAGAGAAACAUGUACAUGAAACAGAGCGGACAAAAUGGCAGCAGUCUACAGAGUCUCAGGUGUCUAAAUCUCAUCAUCUUAAUGGACAACUGAAGCAGCUGGAGCUGGAGCUAGAAGAUGCCCAAGGCACUGUCUGUAAUCUACAACAGCAACUGGAGUCCCGAAAUGUGUUGGUUCAAGCAGCAAAUGAAGCCCUUCUACUCAAAGAAUCUGAAGUUACCCGACUACAGACUAGAAUUGCAGGUCAUGAAAGAACAGAAGGCAUCAAACAGUUAUCAGUCCUACAGGAGAUAUACCCUCAUCUGUGGUCUGAUGACAAAGAACUGAACCUUGCCAAGCAUUCUGAGAUCUCCUACACUAAACACAGAAAAUUGUGUCAUUCUACAAGUGCUAGUGAUGUAAAUGUAAAAGAUGGUGGGGAUUCAUUACACCUUAAAGAGAUACCUGUAUUGGAUUCUUCAGUGACUUGUAACAACCAAAAAGAUACAACUCUUGCUUCACAAAAAAGUCUGGGUGAAUCCUCAUUUGAUCCCUUGACAUAUACUGUAGAUGAAGAUGUGACUUGCGAUGGUAAUGACUUCCACACUCUUAGUGGGAUGCUAAAAUAUAUCAACAAAGAGAUGAAGAAGUCUGAAAACUCCUGCCUAUAAUUUUCAUCUAAUGCAAAGGAAGAUCAAGGAUAAAGCUUUGAAGAGACACCCUCAGACAAGCAGUCAACCACCAAUGAAAUUUGUUGGCACAGCAUUAUGUUCAUGAGAACAUUUUAAUAGAUAUUUUGUAUAUAGUUAACAUACCAACGACUGACUUAUAAUCCUCUCUUUACAAUUCUAUUUUUAUUAGUAUUGUUUUAAAGUAAUAAAGAUUGUUUUUUACAUUUGUUAUAAA